CGGAAUCUACCGUGGAUGCCCCUCGCUCUCUCCCUCCUCGCAUGUCUUGCACCGCACGGCCACAACUCCUCUCCUCGCUUCUCAUCACCUCAACGUCUCCCGAGCCUCCUCUCAUGCGGCCACCAUCCGGUCGAAGCCGUCGGCCGACGACGCGUCCGUCGCCGGGGAGAGCAAGCGGUAAUGAAGAAACCAUAUCCACCUCGAUUACCAGGAAAUUGAAGACGCUCAGAAACACCACACACAGGAGUAGAAGCAACGAAGAAUCGAUUUUGAAAUCUCAGGAUGAUACAGGACCACGGCAACAGGCCGGCGGCACCAGCGCAGCACGUGGCUGUGAAACAGAUACAGGCUGCAGAUUCUCUCUUGCAGGUACAUACAUCAACCGCGCCCUGCGACACUUCUGUCCAGGCGCGUACUAUGGUUUCGCCGAUGUUCUUGUGUCCUAUUAUUCUGCUAUGUUAUGAGCAGGCGUUCUCUCAUAAAAGUUCCAUAUUUGUUGGAGAUGCUACUCUAAAAUCAUCAUCUCCGAAGUAUUGGGGAGAAGUGAGAUAUCAUCUCGACUCCCGCAAGGUAUUGAGAAUAAUUUACAUGUCCUUGUUUCUGAAAGACCAGAGAAAGUUCAGUAAGUGCAAGGCCACCACACAGAGAAUUAGUUUCACAGAUACUGCAAGGGCCCAUGGAGGAUCCUUUUACCUUAUGAUGAAUUAUGACUCGAUUGCUGCCACCCUUACUGGCUUCAUUACCUUUACAAUGUUCCUCAUGUGCUCAAACCCCAUGACUAUCACCCCUAUGAGAUAAAGAAAGCUUAGUUGCAGCUUGCCAAGCAAGUUAUAGACUGCUACGGCAGCAUUGGUGGCGGUCGCACCUUCAUCUGUUCGCAUCGUGACGGUAAUGGGUCUCCCAGAUAUAAGUGCCCCGGUUUCUGAUGAAGAUGCAACAUAAGAGAUGUGCUCCGGAACAAUCAGCCUUCAUGAGAAAUCAGAGACGUUUGGUCUUCUUACCUGAUACAUUCUCAGGCUGGGCAGACCACUCUUCAGGUUUUACCGCAGAUUUGGUAGCCUUUAUUAGAUCCAUAAGCGCAUUGUUCACCUGGAAUUCAUAGAAACUUACAUGAGUUUUACUGUGCUAUAACUUGAAUGAUGAAUUGUGAACUAUGGAGGAAAGCAAAAAUGGGCAAGCGAAAUGAGAAUUGAGAACUGUGGAUAAGAGUCAAUGGGCACACUAUGCCAGUUGGUUUGUAAAUUGUCAACUAGGGGAGGAAAGCAAAAAUCAGCAAGCGCAAUGAGAAAUGAGAACUGUGGGGAAGAGUCAAUGGGCACACUAUAUGCUGUUAGCAACUUCGGAGUAUGUGCACAAGUUGUAAGAGGUUUCUCAUUCAAUCCUCCUUUGUUUCAAAAGUUGAGUAUUUUCUAGUUCAUUUUUUAUCAGGAGUGAUGCUUGAAGUGAGCCACAACAUGUAAACUUCACUUGUUAGAUAUUUUGGUCCCCCUUCCCCCCGACAUGCAACAGUUUAAGCAAAAAAAAUCCUCAUCGAUGUCCUUAACAUUUCAGUGGCGCAUGUUAUGGCCGCCAGACGUGGGCGUGUCAAGGACUCCAUUAGGAGUCAGUUACCCUUCAAUUUGUGCAUCUUUCAAUUGUGUCAGUUGUAGAAACUCCUGUGUUGUGUAAGUAUAUGUACUGAACCUCUUAAUUGCAAUGGGAUUAGCCAGAAAUUGAAUCAAUCUCCCUGGCCCUUUGGGCAACUGCUUCUGCGCUCCCCUCUCUCUGCGCCGACGCCGACCGCCAGGACGGCGUCGCGUUUCGUCGCCGCCGCUCUCCCUCCCCUCGCCCUCCAACCACGCACGACUACAACCUGCGGAGAUCAGGCCCUGACAAUCUGGUAUCAGCGGCCUCCACGAUGUCUGGGCAAUCCACCGCCGCUCCUCCCACCACCGCAUCCGCGUCCGCCGCCAUCCCCUCCACCUCCGCUCCGCGCACCACUGCUCCUCUGUUCGAUUCCCCUCGACAGCCGCCCAAUGCCAUGCCGGCGCCGGCCGAUCCAACCACUAUGGCCCUCGAUUCCCUCACCACGGCGAUCUACGAACUUCAGCAGCAAAUGGGGAACUUCGCUGCUCGCCUUGCCGCUGUCGAGCUCCGCCCCGGUUCAUCCGCCCCGGCCUCGGGAUCCCUUCCUCUAGGCCGCGCCGCCGUGACCACGGACGGAUCUGCGCCGCCGGCCUCCUUGCCAUUCGGGAUUCCAGGCUACGGCGGCAUUCCAGCGGCCCCCUUCCCUACAGCAACCGUCGGGCCGACAGCGGGCCCAAUCCACCACACGCCAAUCACGCAGAUCCCCAUUCCCCACUCCCCAUCGCCGAUUCCAAUCCUCGCCGGCGCAACACCAGUGCUGUCGGCCGCCCACGACGACCAGGGGGAUGGCCUCCAUGUCCCUCGCUUCCACAAGCUCUCGUUCCCCACAUUUGAUGGCAAGGACGACCCGCUCGGCUGGAUCAACCACUGUGAGCACUUCUUCCGAGCGCAGCGCACCGGCGAGGGCGACAAGGUGUGGCUGGACUCCUUCCACAUGACCGGUGCCGCACAGCAUUGGUACUUCAUGCUGGAGCGUGACAUCGGCGUCGUUCCCAGGACCCAGUUCAAGCUCCUUUGCCAGCAGCGGUUCGGCCCCGCCCUCGGAGUCAACCAUUUGGCCGACCUUGCACGGCUUCCCUUCGGCGGUUCCGUCGCGGCGUACCAGGAAGCGUUCCUGGCGAAGAUGGCCCACGCCGGCGCGCUCACCCCGGCGCAGCAAGUGAACCUCUUCACCGGCGGCCUCCCGGAUGCGAUCCGCAUCGAUGUGGAACUCCAAGCGCCCGGCGACCUCCAGCGCGCAAUGGCCCUCGCGCGCGCUUACGAGAGCUGCGCAUCGGCGGUUCCCGCCUCGAGCGCAGCACGACCACCACGUCCACAAUGUCGCCCCCAACUGCAGAUCGAGGCCGCGUCACCCCCGGCCUCCAUGACACAGGCAUUGGCGGUCCAGCCAUCGUCAACAACAGCACCGCCACGCGCACUUCGCCGUCUCUCCCCAGCAGAGAUGGCCGAGCGACGCCGCCAAGGACUCUGCUUCAAUUGUGACGAGCCGUAUGUCCGUGGGCACCAGUGCGCGCGCCUCUUCUACCUGGAGGUGGCCGACUCCGACGACGACGAUCCAGCAGCAGCAACCAUGGCUAAGGAGGACGACCCACCUCUCAUCUCCCUGCACGCCAUCACCGGGACCACGGCUGUCACAACCAUGCAGCUGCGCGUUCUGGUGGGUGGCCGGAAGUUCACAUACCUUCUCGACUCGGGCUCCACUCACAACUUCGUCAACGACACCGCCGCGAGGUUUGCUGGUCUUCACUUCCAGUCGGGACGCGGUGCACAGGUCAUGGUGGCCAACGGUGAUCGCGUCGUCUGUCAAGGCCUUGCUCAUGACGUCGGCGUCUUGAUCGGCCACGAAGAGUUCCAAGUCGACUGUUACCGAAUCCCCCUCGACUACUACGACAUGGUGCUCGACGUCUCCUUCCUCCGCACGCUGGGGCCAAUCCUUUGGGAUUUCGACGACCUCUGCAUGGCCUCCUGGCACCACGGCAAGCGAGUGCUGUGGAAGGGCGUUGGCUCGCUGCGCACUGACAUUCCUCCAACAGAUCACCUCUUCGCCAUGCGCCCAUCUGCUUCACCGACAUUGGCUGCAGAGGACACCGUGCUGUCGGUGCGCUGCCACAACACCUCAUGGCGCAUCUCUGUGACCUCCCAAGGACUGCAGUACCACCUGAACAUCACCAUACUUCACGUUCCAAGGUUUGCCGACCUCCUGGUACCCUCUUUCACCACACUCUGCUCCUUCCUCAACAACACUCUUCAAGAAGCCUACAGCCUGUUCCACGACAAUGGGCAUCUCCAAGCACUGCCAGCACCUCCUGCACUUCAGCACGUCCCCGCGCUCCAGCUACAGCCAUUCGGCCAGAGUAAUGCGGCGGCCAACUUCCUCGCCUUGCUGUCCACCAGGAUCGACAACGCCUCGCCUGCUUGGCACGCCGACCACUACAGAGAGUUCACCUUCUUCUUCAACACCGUCGACUGAAGCGUGCUCAUCUCCACCAAAAACAGCAGCCACACCAGCUCGAGGACGAGCUGUUUCGCGAGGAGGGGAGAAGUGUUAUGGCCGCCAGUCGUGGGCGCGUCAAGGACUCCAUUAGGAGUCAGUUACCCUUUAAUUUGUGCAUCUUUCAAUUGUGUUAGUUGUAGAAACUCCUGUGUUGUGUAAGUAUAUGUACUGAACCUCUUAAUUGCAAUGGGAUUAGCCAGAGAUUGAAUCAAUCUCCCUGGCCCUUUGGGCAA